UACCACGGCUGAGGUUUAUGACUCAUGGCAGAGUAUCUCCGAUUCUUGCAUAUGACCAAAGCAGUGGUUUCAUUCAAACGAUUUCUUCCAGAGAAAAUUUCAUACCGAAGAGUUCCAACCUUUUCUUAUUUUACGGAUUUUGUGACUCAAGUGAACUCAGCUAGCACGACCAACUUUUCCUUUGUUUUCAAGGAAUGUGCCAAGCAAGGAGCGUUAGAGCUGGGAAAGCAAGCUCAUGCUCAUAUGAUCUUAUCUGGGUUUCGUCCGACUACGUUCGUGCUGAAUUGUUUGCUUCAAGUUUACACAAAUUCUCGAGAUUUCGUGUCUGCUUCUAUGGUGUUCGACAAAAUGCCGCUGAGAGAUGUUGUUUCUUGGAACAAAAUGAUCAAUGGUUACGCCAAGAGUAAUGACAUGGCUAAAGCGAGUUCUUUCUUCGAUAUGAUGCCUGUGAGAGAUGUCGUGUCGUGGAACUCAAUGCUUUCUGGGUAUCUACAGAACGGUGAGAGUUUGAAAUCUAUUGAGAUUUUCCUUGACAUGGGGAGGGCAGGUAUUGAGUUUGAUGGUAGAACUUUUGCAAUCAUACUUAAAGUGUGUUCCUUUUUAGAAGAAACCAGUUUAGGAAUGCAGAUUCAUGGGGUUAUUGUUCAAGUGGGUUGUGAUACUGAUGUGGUUGCUGCAAGUGCUUUGUUGGAUAUGUAUGCAAAAGGUAAGAGAUUUUACGAGUCUCUUAGAGUGUUUCAAGGUAUUCCGGAUAAGAACUCUGUCUCUUGGAGUGCUAUAAUCGCUGGCUGUGUUCAGAAUAACUUGUUGUCCCUUGCUUUGAAGUUUUUUAAGGAGAUGCAAAAGGUAAAUGCUGGAGUGAGCCAGUCAAUUUACGCUAGCGUCUUGAGGUCAUGUGCUGCGUUAUCCGAAUUGAGAUUAGGUGGUCAGUUACAUGCUCAUGCCUUAAAGUCAGAUUUUGCAACAGAUGGUAUAGUGAGGACGGCAACGUUGGAUAUGUACGCAAAGUGUGAUAAUAUGCAAGAUGCUCAAAUUUUGUUUGACAAGUCAGAAAAUCUUAAUAGACAAUCUUAUAACGCAAUGAUUACUGGUUAUUCGCAGGAAGAACAUGGUUUUAAAGCUCUAUGGUUGUUUCACCGUCUCAUGUCCUCGGGUCUUGGUUUCGACGAAAUAAGUUUAUCAGGAGUGUUCAGGGCUUGUGCCUUGGUGAAAGGUCUUUCAGAGGGGCUUCAGCAUUAUGGUUUGGCGAUAAAAAGCAACUUAUCGGUAGAUGUUUGUGUUGCAAAUGCUGCUAUUGACAUGUAUGGGAAAUGUCAAGCUCUGUCUGAAGCCUUUCGUGUAUUUGAUGAGAUGAGAAGAAGAGAUGCUGUGUCUUGGAAUGCGAUUAUAGCAGCACAUGAACAGAACGGAAAAGGAUGUGAAACACUUUCUCUUUUUGUCUCCAUGCUCCGUUCUAGGAUCGAACCUGAUGAGUUUACCUAUGGAAGCGUAUUGAAAGCUUGUGCUGGUGGUUCUUUGGGUUACGGUAUGGAGAUUCAUUCCAGCAUUGUCAAAUCAGGAAUGACUUCUAAUUCCUCUGUUGGAUGCUCUCUGAUUGAUAUGUAUUCAAAGUGUGGAAUGAUAGAAGAAGCGGAGAAGAUACAUAGUCGAUUGUAUUUAGGAGCCGAUGUCUCGGAAGAGCUUGAAAAUAUACACAAUAAGAGACUGCAGGAAAUGUGUGUUUCAUGGAAUUCAAUCAUUUCCGGAUAUGUAUUGAAGGAACAAAGUGAGGAUGCUCAGAUGCUUUUUACCCGGAUGAUGGAGAUGGGUAUAACUCCUGACAAAUUUACUUAUGCAACGGUUCUUGAUACCUGUGCGAAUCUUGCUUCCACUGGAUUAGGUAAACAGAUUCAUGCUCAGGUCAUCAAGAAAGAAUUGCAAUCUGAUGUGUAUAUCUGCAGCACCCUCGUUGAUAUGUACUCGAAAUGUGGAGAUCUUCAUGAUUCAAGAUUGAUGUUUGAGAAGGCAAGGAGAAGAGAUUUUGUGACCUGGAACGCCAUGAUUUGCGGGUAUGCACAUCAUGGGAAAGGAGAGGAAGCCAUACAACUGUUUGAGAGAAUGAUAGUAGAAAACAUAAAACCGAAUCAUGUAACUUUCAUAUCGAUACUCCGAGCUUGUGCUCAUAUGGGUCUAAUUGACAAAGGACUCGAGUACUUCUACAUGAUGAAGAGAGAUUAUGGCUUGGAUCCUCAGCUACCUCAUUACUCGAACAUGGUAGAUAUCUUAGGAAAAUCCGGAAAAGUCAGGAGAGCAUUAGAGCUUAUUCGAGAGAUGCCGUUCGAAGGAGACGAUGUUAUAUGGAGAACCUUGUUAGGAGUCUGCACGAUACAUAGAAACAAUGUAGAGAUUGCAGAAGAAGCAACUGCUGCUCUGUUGAGAUUGGAUCCACAAGACUCUUCAGCUUAUACUCUUUUAUCAAAUGUAUACGCAGAUGCAGGAAUGUGGGAAAAGGUUUCAGAUUUGAGAAGAAGUAUGAGAGGCUUUAAGCUUAAGAAGGAGCCUGGUUGCAGUUGGGUUGAGCUCAAAGAUGAGCUUCAUGUGUUUCUCGUUGGAGAUAAGGCUCAUCCUAGAUGGGAAGAGAUCUAUGACGAGCUUGGUUUGGUUUAUAGCGAAAUGAAACCGUUUGGUGAUUCUUCUCUAGAACCUGAGGUUGAAGAAGAAGAACAGAACCAAUGGUGCUACUAAUAAAUGUGUUUACUCAGGUAACUGAUGUGGGUGUAUUUACUUGAGUAAUUUUUUUCUACCAUUAAUGUGUAACAUGUGUUCAAUGUAAAUUUGUGUAAUUUUGUUCCAAAUAAUUACAGUAUGAUAGUGACAUUUAUAAGAAAGAGGUUUCAAUUCAAUAAAA